GAGUGAGGGACCGAGCUCGGUCCGUGUGGCCCUGGCGCCUCGGAUUUCGGACUCCGGGUGCUGCGGGUUGAGGUCCGGUUCCCAGCGGGGGGAGGUCGCAUCCCCAUCUGAGGACUUCAGGCCUCCCCCCGCCCCAGACUCCUGCCAAGAUGGCCUCCGCCGGAGAGCCUCCCGCGGGCCCCCGGGAUGCAGCCGAUCAGAACUUCGACUACAUGUUCAAGCUGCUCCUGAUUGGCAACAGCAGCGUGGGCAAGACGUCGUUCCUGUUCCGCUACGCCGACGACUCCUUCACGCCCGCCUUUGUCAGCACCGUGGGCAUCGACUUCAAGGUCAAGACCGUCUACCGCCAUGACAAGAGGAUCAAGCUGCAGAUCUGGGACACGGCGGGCCAGGAGCGCUACCGUACGAUCACCACGGCCUACUACCGCGGUGCCAUGGGCUUCCUGCUCAUGUACGAUGUCGCCAACCAAGAGUCCUUUGCUGCCGUGCAGGACUGGGCCACGCAGAUCAAAACCUACUCCUGGGACAACGCCCAGGUCAUCCUCGUGGGGAACAAGUGUGACCUGGAGGACGAGCGUGUCGUGCCUGCCGAGGAUGGCCGGAGGCUUGCCGACGACCUUGGUUUCGAGUUCUUCGAGGCCAGCGCCAAAGAGAACAUCAACGUGAAGCAGGUCUUUGAGCGCCUGGUGGACAUCAUCUGUGAGAAGAUGACAGAGUCACUGGAACCUAGCCCCAGUUCAGGCAGCAAUGGGAAAGGCCCAGCCUUGGGGGAUGCCCCGCCCCCCCAGGCCAGCAGCUGUAGCUGCUAAAGAUGGCCCCUGGCCCCCCACCCCUCCUGCCUCUGCAGGGACUGU